AUGGCUCAAGCCAAUAGAGAAGUUGUAGCUCCGAUGAAUCCUAAUGUGAAUUUAGUUGGUUCAAGGGUGAGGGAUUUUGCACGAAUGAACCCUCUGGAAUUUCAUGGCUCAAAAGUGGAAGAUGUUUCUCAAAGGUUUAUAGACGAGGUUUGUAAAGUACUUGCUAUUAUGGGGGUGUCUUCGGAAGAGAAGGCGGAUUUAACCGCCUACCAACUAAAAGAUGUGGCUCAAUCUAAUAAGGAAAGUGUGCCUAACCCUAAAUCUCAAGGAGGAAAUGGAGGUGUUUCUUCUUUUUCUAGAUCUACAUGUGCCAAGUGUGGGAAGAAACAUGAUGGUAAGUGCCUAGCCGACACCGAUGGAUGUUUUAGCUGCGGGAAGAUUGGCCAUAAUAUGAGAGAUUGCCCCAUUCUUGUGACAAAGGGAAGGGAAAACAAGCAAGCUCCUCCAAGCGGUUCAAACUCCAAUGCCCCAAAGCAAAAUCGCUUCUAUGCUCUUCAAUCCCGAGGUGACCAAGAGAGCUCCCCGAAUGUAGUGACCGGUAUGUUAAAAGUCUUUCUUAUUGAUGUGUAUGUCUUGUUAGAUCCCGGUGCUACUUUGUCCUUUGUGACACCUUUUGUGGCCAUGCAAUUUGAUAUGCUCCCCGAAGUGUUAUUACAACCUUUUAUGGUCUCUACCCCAGUUGGUGAUUCUGUGGCUAAUAGGGUAUAUAGAAAGUGUCCCAUUUCCUUAUGCCAUAGAUUUACUCUUGGUAGAGCUUGGCGUGUUAGACUUUGA